AUGCGCAUGGAGGACAGCCGCCUCCCCAAGCGCAUGCUGUUAGGAGCGAUGGCGGGGGGCGUGGGAUACCGGGACGGGCAGGAGAGCGACUGGGUGUGUCGUCUAGGAGAGGACCUCGUGGCCUUCAACAUGGGAGACGAAAAGGAAGGGGGUGAAUGGAAAGAGAGCGCCAAGAACCCGAAGGUGUGGUACAACAAGGUCGAGGACGGGGCGGCAUGGUUCAUGAGGAAAUGGCACAGGCAGGAGGCGGAAGCGACCGAAGAGAAAGAGAGCCGGGGAAGCGGCGGUGGGGGGGACGAAACGGCGACCGGGCACUGCUGUAGAAGCGAGUAGGGCGGCCGAGGCAGCACUUGUGGCGAACUGUGUACCCGGCAGGUGCUGUUGCGCCCUGUUUCCCUCCCUGCUGUAUGCUAUACUCCUUUAUGUAUGUCCUUUGUAUUGCCUUCGGCCUCUGUGCUGUGUUUCUUUGUUUCUUUUUUUCAUGACCUCCCUGCCUACUCUGCUGUGUUGGGUACCGUGAUCUCGCUUUGCUGUUGCCUUUGUUUUUGUACGUCUGGCUGUCUGCCCAUCUGCCGCCUCUUUGCCCUGUUUGCUCCGUUACUCCCAUGCCCUGGUGCGUAGUGCCUGGUGCUGGUACGUUACCCUUUGAUUUUUUCUUUGGGCGGGUGUGGGAAGCGUCCUCCUUUAUUUUUGUUUUUGUUUUAUUUUGAUCGGUUUCCGAGGGCUCUUUCUCAAACGGUCGGUGCGAUACCUGUUCUUUUCUUUCUAUCAUUUUGUUUUUCUUU